GGGUUGUUGAUCUCACUUCACAACACCUCACUCGCUCAAAAUCACUCUCUCAAACUUUCUGGUGAAUCAUGGGCAGAUAACAUAAACAGUUGCAUCAAAGCUAAAGUUGUAUGGUCAACGGCACUGCUUCCAACCAUGGAUCAUGAUACCCUUGGAAGCAAAUGCUUCCAAAAAGGGGACCAUCUUGGUGCUCUGGAACACUUCAACAAGGCUGUCAAGUCCUCUUCACCAAAGUUAGUGCCAGCUAUACUGAACAAGAGAAGCCUUGUAUACAUCAAAUUAGAAAAGUUUCAACAAGCACUACGCGAUGGCCGUGAAAUUAUCAAGCGUGUGCCAGAUAUGGCCAUGGGGUAUUUGCGAUGUGGUCAGAUUGUUCAACUUAUGGGGCAGCGCGAUAAAGCUUUAGGGAUUCUCGAACGUGGGCUUCACAAGGUACCUGUAGGCAACGAAGAUCGAAAGAUCCUGUCUAAACAUUACGAAACCUUGAGGAGGCAAUCACGGGCAGAUAAUCGUCUUGAUCCCCUGCCAGUACUUCCGCAGGAGAUUGUUCAAGAGAUAUGGGGUCUUCUAGAUUUGAAGUCUCGCGGUUGUUGCUUAUCUGUGUCCAAGGGUUGGAGGAAAUCCAUGGAAUCAUACCCACCGCUAUGGCAGGAUUUGAAGAUUUUUAACAAUAAGAUGUCAGAAGCAGCACUUACGGUGUGGUUAAAACGUGCCGAACACAGCGGCUAUAGCCUGCGUAGUGCGGUAAUAAGUUCACAUGAUUAUGGGGACAAGUGCCGCAAUUAUAUCAAGCGGGUCCAGCGCCGCAACAAACUAGAGCGGCUUGAGUUGCGUAUUGCCUCUCUGGGUGCAAAUAUCCCGGCGAUGCUUCCGGUCCCGUCCCAAUAUCUCAAAAUGCUGCUUGUGUCGUCAGGAAGCUGGGUGGAUAUUUCUGAUGUAAAGCGGAUUAUGGCCCAUUACACUCAUCUAGAACAUGUUGAGUUUCAUGCGGUAUAUGAACGUGAUAGCCCAUGCUCCUGGCCAGAAAUGCCAAAUCUCCAAUUUAUCGCUCUUCGAUCUUCAAUAGCCCUCAAGAGCAUGCGUUUAGGGCCAGCUAGAAGCCUAGGUUUGGCAUAUAAUGACUUAGUCAAGGCAUCACCAAAUAUGAAGUCAGCUUCAAUUACAGGCUGGGCAUACGAGGCAGUUCCCGAGGUGGUUGAUAUGUCCAGCUGGACAAAACUAAUGUACCUAUAUAUUUCGGGGACACGAUUUGAUUCCAUGCCUGUGUUCCCAAGCACAUUAACCCACCUAGAAGCGGUGCAUGUCGGCAUCAUUUCAGACAGGUUUGACACCGAUGAAAAGCUCGUCGUCCCGUUGUCGAAACUAGAGUACCUCAGCGUUGAAGGUGGCGACCUUUUUGCCAUAGUCAAUGAUAUGGCUAACCCUGGAUUGACCUCCGGCUCCCUCAAGACACUGAAAGUAGGCUGCAUCGGUUCCAUACGUACCAACACCCACAAUGACUGGAGCCGAAUGUUACCUGCACCUUCUGCGGCGCUGGAAGCCCUCUCAUUCUGCGAGCGUAUCGGACUCCCGGAAAAAACUAUCAUUGCGGUUCUGCGCCAGUUUCCAAACCUGAAAGAAGUUGAUUUAUCCCGCACCGAAGCCACUGGAUCUACUCUGCGCGAGCUCUUCGAGCGCGAGAAUAAGCCAAAGUUUAUCAACAUGAAGGACUGCACGAACUGCUACCACGAUGCGGUUGAGGCGGCACGAGAAGCUGGAAUCGAAGUGUGGCACGAGCUUGCACCGAAGAACAAUAAGACGGAUAGCAAGUUCCGCGAUCAAUAUUACGACUGACCAACGACAAUCUAUGACUAGAUAUCGAGAUGGUGCAACAGGGAGGAUACCUAACGGGGUGGCUCCGGAUCAGUUUGAUAUUGUGCUUUGAGGGCGUUUUGCUUUGGGGAUUACUAUAAUCAUGGAGGUGGAAUGAUACCCUGUUUACUGAUUUUGGGGAUGAGGGGAGAUGGGAAAGGGGAAAGGGGAAAGGGGCGUUUUCUAUGAGCGUAU